AUGCCUGGUACAUUGACUUGUCCGAUGUACGUUGGAGUUGAAAGGCCAGGUCAUCGUAGAAGAGCCAACACUUGGGAUUCUCGAAGUCGGAGAAGAUCUACUGUAACGCAUCAACAUGUUACGCCACAACGACCUACUAGAUUAUCUCUCGCUGAAUUAAUUAAUGAUGAAUCCAUCAGAAGGCUGAGGUUGAGAGUGAUAGCAGGCCAUCAGCUGGCUAAGAAGGAUAUUUUUGGAGCCAGUGAUCCUUAUGUCAGGAUUGAUUUGUAUCCAAUCAACGGUCAUGAGACUGUCGACUCAGUACUUACUAAAACUAAGAAGAAAACACUUAAUCCUGUUUGGGAGGAAGAAUUUUUAUUCAGAGUUAAGCCAUCAGAACACAAGCUGGUGCUCCAAGUAUUCGAUGAAAAUAGAUUAACACGAGAUGAUUUCCUGGGCAUGGUCGAGCUGAACCUGAUGAACUUGCCGAAGGAACAACUCGGUAGAAGUAUUCCUACAAAACAAUAUAUUUUACGUCCACGCAGUCAUUCCAGUCAGAGACCCAAAAUAAAGGGUACUCUUGAACUAUACCACGCGUACGUCACGGAUGAUUCAGCAGCUGAAAAUGGUGACGGUGAUACUGCCUCUGAUUCUGGUGGAUGGGAAUUGCUAGACCAGCCGAGUCCGACUUCGAAUGACAGUCCAGUUCAACCGACCGCUGAACCGUCGACGAAUGGUCCAUUACCAUCUGGCUGGGAAGAACGUCAAGACGCAAAUGGCAGAACUUAUUAUGUCAAUCAUAUAGCUAGAUAUACUCAGUGGGAGAGACCAACGACUGUCGAUGACGCUGAAAGUAGACAGCAUCGCAGCUCAACAAUUAGCCAGGAUCGGGAAUUAAAUCGUCAAGAAGAUGAUGGCAAUAACAGAGAGGAUGAUAGUGAGGAUUGGGAUGAGUCGGUCGGGGUGAGAGAUCGCGAGUCUUUAACGCGUCCCGGUGAAUCUACUUCGACGUCUUCUACCUCUGGCCAGUCGGUUGAUCACGACGGCUAUCUGGGAGAGUGCGACGAUCAGACUGAUGACAACGUUGAUAGCCCAGCUGGUUCAAGACGAUCUUCUGAACAGCCUGUGGACAGUUCUCAGCAUCCGAUUCCCAACGGCGAUGGACUACCUCCAGGCUGGUGUAUGCAGCUAGCUCCAAAUGGUCGUAUGUUUUUUAUCGACCACAAUGAACGCGCUACGACGUGGGUCGACCCAAGGACAGGAAGACCAAGUCCAAUGCCUAAUCAUAAUGUGCCUUCGGCCACUUCUCGAAGUGAUCUAGACCAGCUGGGACCGCUUCCAGAGGGCUGGGAAGAACGUGUACAUACUGAUGGACGGAUUUUCUUCAUUGAUCACAAUACACGGACAACACAAUGGGAAGAUCCUCGUAUGUCUAAUCCUCAGAUAGCUGGACCUGCGGUACCUUACUCGAGAGAUUACAAGCUGAAAUACGAAUAUUUGAAGUCGCAAUUGAGGAAACCUAGCAAUGUACCAAAUAAAUUUGAGAUAAAAGUUGCGCGUAAUAAUAUUUUGGAGGACUCGUAUCGUAUUAUAAGCUCGGUAAACAGAGUUGAGAUAUUAAAGACAAAGCUCUGGGUUGAGUUCGAAAGUGAAGUAGGAUUGGAUUACGGUGGAUUAGCACGUGAAUGGUUUUUCCUAUUAUCAAAAGAAAUGUUUAAUCCGUAUUACGGCUUAUUUGAAUACUCAGCUAUGGAUAAUUAUACGCUUCAAAUAAAUCCUUUUUCGGGGGUGUGCAAUGAGGAACAUUUAAAUUACUUUAAAUUUAUUGGUCGUAUUGCCGGGAUGGCAGUUUAUCAUGGAAAACUUUUGGAUGCAUUCUUUAUAAGACCAUUUUAUAAAAUGAUGCUGAGCAAAACAAUCGACCUGAAAGAUAUGGAGAGUGUUGAUUCAGAAUAUUACAACUCGUUAUUGUGGAUAAAAGAAAAUGAUCCAACUGAAUUGGAGUUGACGUUUUGCGUCGACGAAGAGAGCUUUGGUCACACGUCUCAACGGGAAUUGAAAUCAAACGGAGCAAACGUACCGGUGACAGAUGAAAACAAAGAUGAGUAUAUAAGUCUUGUAAUACAGUGGCGAUUUGUGUCACGUGUACAGGAUCAAAUGAACGCAUUUUUAGAGGGCUUUAACGCUCUAGUGCCAUUGACACUUGUUAAAAUAUUCGAUGAGCACGAAUUGGAGCUGUUAAUGUGCGGUAUUCAGCAUAUUGACGUUAAAGAUUGGAAAAAAAAUACAUUAUAUAAGGGUGACUAUCAUGCGAAUCAUAUUGUGGUGCAAUGGUUUUGGCGUGUUGUACUAUCGUUCAACAAUGAAAUGCGAGCUAGAUUGCUGCAAUUUGUCACCGGUACAUCGCGUGUACCCAUGAAUGGCUUCAAAGAGUUAUACGGCAGUAACGGACCGCAAUUAUUUACUAUCGAGAAAUGGGGAACACCUGAAAACUAUCCACGAGCUCACACAUGUUUUAAUCGAAUUGAUUUACCGCCUUACGAGAGUUACCAACAACUUAGGGAUAAAUUGAUCAAGGCUAUCGAGGGAUCACAAGGAUUUGCUGGAGUUGAUUAG